AUGUGUUGGAAUCAUUAUUUGACAUCUCACAUCUCUGUUCUGAGCUCGCAUGUCGAAAUAAGGGCAUGGAGCGCUCUUGAUCGACAAGCACAGCAGCCAUCCGUGCCUCAUCUAGGAUCCGUUUCGAUGUCUGGAGGUCUGGCCAUGUCUGCAAAAGAAAAGGCAAUUCUAACCAAGGACAGUGUCAGUCUGCUCCCCUGUUUCUAUUUCGUUGAGCUGCCUAUCCUGGUGUCAUCUAUGGUCAGCUUGUACUUCCUGGAGUGGACAGAUGUGUUCAAGCCAGUGAAGUCUGGCUUUAACUGUCAUGACCGCAGUCUGAGCCUACCCUACAUCGACCCUAACCAUGAGGUCAUCCCCCUGCUAAUGCUGCUGAGCCUGGCUUUUGCAGGGCCUGCGAUCACGAUCAUGAUUGGAGAGGCCAUCCUGUUUUGUUGUCUAUCUCGACGAAAAAGCCGCACCGGGGCGGAAGCAAACAUCAAUGCAGCCGGCUGCAACUUCAACUCUUUCAUACGUAGAGCGAUCCGUUUUGUCGGUGUUCAUGCAUUUGGUCUUUGUGCCACUGCCCUCAUCACAGACAUCCUUCAGCUGAUGACGGGCUACCCGGCCCCCUACUUCCUCACAGUGUGUAAACCAAACUACACCACCCUAAACAUCAGCUGUGAGCAGAACCCUUACAUCAUGGAGGAUAUCUGCUCCGGGGUCGAUAGUGCAGCUAUUAACCGGGGCAGAAAAUCAUUCCCAUCCCAGCACGCUACCCUGGCGUCCUUUGCAGCUGUUUAUGUUUCAAUGUACUUCAACAGCACUCUGACCGAUUCAUCCAAAUUGCUCAAGCCCCUGCUGGUCUUCUCCUUCAUCAUCUGUGCCAUUAUUUGUGGUCUCACUCGCAUCAUUCAGUACAAGAACCAUGCCAUUGAUGUCUAUCUGGGAUUUCUGCUUGGCGGAGCCAUUGCUCUCUACCUGGGUUUGUAUGCAGUUGGGAAUUUCCUCCCCAGUGAGGAGUCUAGCACCAGCCUCCCCUCUCAACCGCACUGCCCCUCCUGCUCUUUACCACACAUUAGUCAAGAGGCAGUCCUUCAUCACCUGCAAAUGAAAGCCAGCAUUCCGGGGGAGGCUGGCAUUCCCUCCUCCCAGUCCGAAGGCCUUCUCCAUCGGGGCCUUCCGCAGCAGAAGGGUGACGCUAGCCUAAAGUGCUCAGGCAGAGAUGCGGACGGGCUUUCCUCCCACAGCCCACGGAGCAAAGAGACCAUAGUGACCUUCAGCCACACCCUCCCUCGUGUACACACACCGCAGGCCAUAGCGGCUUAUGAGGAAGCAGCCAGACGUCACGCUGCCACCCUUCACCAUGCCUCCAUGGAUUCUAGCCGUUCAAAGCAGCUUUUGUCACAGUGGAAAAGUAAAAAUAACCACAAAUGCACUCUCCAGGUACCUGACUAUUUUCCACCCUCAGGAGACUUGUUAUCUGUUCAGCCCGCUCAGCAUCCUCAUCACCACGGCAGCAUGGAGGUCCGAUCCAGCUCCGAACCAUCGGCUAUGGGUCUGGAUGCAAACUUUGAAGCUCAUGCAUAUAUGUCCAAACUGGCCACAGGAACGAGUACCACAUUGCCAAGUAACUGCAGUGGUAUUACCGGAGGAGCAAGAAUGUUGAUGCAGUCUCGACCUGGAUCUUCACAACUGGUCCACAUACCUGAAGAAUCACAUGAGAAUUACCACAAUAGCUCCCCAAAAGCAGUAGGAGGAGAAGGGAGUGGCAGUAUUUCUUCAGGAGAUGGCACAGUUCAGGCUAACUGGCAAAGGGUUGCUGAGAAGACUGCAAUUUGCAGGACUAACGACGAAGGGAAGAAAAGCCAGCCACGAAUAAUGCAAGUGAUCGCUAUGUCCAAGCAGCAGGGUCUCCUCCAGACUCAUUCCAAAAGCUUGGAUGAGAGCAGCACUGUCGGAGGUUCCCAGGGCUUGGCUCACUACAGGGCUCUUGCUACUGACAAUGACCCGAGUACCACUACAGGACCCAGCUCGCAGGGCAGUACCACAGGCAGUAUUUCUGGCAGCACGGGAGCAAUUGUCAGAAUAGAAGCACACCCUGAAAACAACAAACCGAUUAUUCAAGCUCCUUCCACCGACGGAAGUGGAUCGUGGAGGUGGCGAUCUCUGGAUCAUGGCAAUGGAGCUGUUGUAGGGCACGGGAGUACAGGAGGUGGGAGUUUGCGGCAAUCCUUCGAUCUCAACGAUCUUAGCAGAGACUCGGAAAGCUCAGACUCUAUACGAGAAGAGUCUAUUGACAGGAAGAGUGCUUAUCACGUUAAUACCACCUCUGUCACCCCGCCCGCAGUUACUGCUCAUACAAGCCAACCAGAGCAAAAGCUCCACGUUCAGAGCCUCUCUACUAUAAGGGUCACUCCAGGGGAUGUUUGUGGCGCCGGAUCUGGCGGUUGCAGUGGAGACACAGCUUCAGAAAUACCUUCAGUCGCCUCCAGCCGGGAAUCCACACUACGGCGAAAAGGCCAUAAUGUCAUCCUGAUUCCAGAGAGAGGAAACAGCCCGGAUAUCACCCGAAAUGUUUUCUACAAGGGCGUGUCGAUACCUAAUAAGGAAUAAUGCACAGAAUGACUGAAGGCUUCAGGGCCGUAUAUGAUCAUGAAGCAACAAGCUCGUUUUUCAGGACGCUUUCACACUCGCGCCCUUAGAAUCAAACUCUAGGUGGAGUUCGUUUAGUGUAAACAAAGUAAUCAAAAUUCGAGUUAAAUUAACCGGUAAACGGUCCGGGUAUGUUUCCCAACAAAUUUAAUGUCGUACUGUUGUGACAAUCUCCCUUGCUCCACUCCACCAGGCAAAUGAAACAAUCAGGUUUGAGCCUAAACGGCAUAACGCUGAUGUGACUAUAGUAAACAGAUUAAACCGGUGGCUCUUUGAACCUGUCUUUGGUUUGGCAUACAUGCAGUUAGCAAGGCAUCAGUCAAGCAAGACUUGAAAAAGGGUUUGCUUUGGACGUCCCCAUAAAGUGCAGUCAGCCGUUCCCUUGUAUACUGUAGCCUGGUAGAAGGACAAUUUUUGCUCCAUGUCGUGUUAAUCAGCACUGUUGCACUCACUAGGCCAGCCAGCAAACAGUCUUCCUGUCUACAUUCUUGCACCGUUCGCAAAACAAUAAAAGACGUAAGCAAUGUCACGUUGUUAGUUGUGGCGCGUUGUGGUUCAGUUGAAAUUUUUACAGUGUGAAAAGGAACAGUGCCAACACAUUCCCAGAUCCUGUAACACCCUCAGAGAUGCCACCACAUGUACCUAUUCCAUAAUAUUACCAUUCAGUAUAUAUAUCAUCAGAAAAAGAUUUUAUGUAGCAUGAGAUUUUUGUAAAUGUUAACUAAAGCACAACCUUUUAAGUGUUGACAGAAAUAAUCACUGUGUACUUUGUAGCCACUAAGGACACUUAUUUUAAUAUUUAUGUUAUUUACGAGUGGUGUCAAUGGAAAUCUUUUUUUUAAACAGCUCUGUACGUUUUCGAUAUUAACCACAAAAAGAAAGCUGUAUAAAAAUACAUGCUUUUCAAAAGUUGAAUACUGCAAAGAAAUGAUGUUUGUGAGAGCAGUUUACGUUCCUGCACUGAUUAUUAGUGUGUUUUUGAGAAGGGUGCUAUACCAGAAGAUACUAUUACCUUAGAAAAUACAAAAGACAGUACUUAAAUUCCAUUUUAAAAACAAAGAAAGCAGCUGUGACAUAACAUAUAACAAAAACCUAUUUUAUAUUUUGGCUCUUUUUGUGGAUAAAACUGAAUUGGAACCAUAAGUGUGCUUAGUAUUCCUUCUGUAGCUUUGAAGUCAAAUAAGCUGUCACUUGCACUGAAAGUGUUUAUUGUACCUUGUACUAUAUGCUGAAUGACCAUAUCAUAAUAUCCCAUGCAUUAGUAUAGCAGGUUAAUUUUUCAAAAAAACACCAACAUUAUUUAUCCCAUACUUUUAUUAGACUAUAUUUGAAUAUUUUCUGGUAUUAGUCACACAGUUCCAUCUGAGUCACUUGGUAUCUAUGGGCAUUGUACUGUAUGUGGACAAUACUAAGGUCAGUAAAAAAAAAAACAAUAAUAAUAAUAAUAAUAAUUGCUCCUAAACAUGCAGUAUAGUCAAUCUUUAUGACUGAUUCAUUUUCAGUUAGCAGAAAAUGUUUCAGGGUGCCUUUUCUUAAAAAAAAUAAAAUGAAAAGAAAUACUGUAUAUACUGUACAUCCAUAUAUCACUGUAUAUUAUUUGAAAAAGAAUUGUCUUUCUGUAGCCUACAUUUACAAAUGCAAUACUAAAUAUCACAAAACCAUUAUGUACGACUAUCCAGUACUACUGUAGAUCUUAGUAUACUGCAUCACAUGUAAACCCUCGGUUCUUUGCGUUGUAUGAGAUAUGAUUUUUGGGGGCUUUACAAUGCCACACAUAAUGGUUGGAAUUUGGUAACUGCCACUACAGUGUACACACACACAAAAAACACAUUUCUAGCUAUGCUUUUGCUUAUUAUUCUAUUGUAGGACUAAGUUGGCUCCAAUCAGGUAUGUCGUUGAGUAUUUUAUUGCAAAUCCCUUGAGCUCGGAACAAUUAUCCAAUUGUAAUAGCACUAAAACAUGCAUAGACCCCUCGUCCAAUUUGCUGUCUUGUGCUAUACUAUCUUGGGGUUCUCAAUUUCCUAUAAAUGCUCAUUUUCACUUGUCAUCUGCCUACCAGAAGCAAUUGGGGGCUGAGUACCUCGAACAGGGAUACUUCAACGUGGUCACAGGGGUACUGAGGAUCGAAUAUUAACAUUUGGCUUGGUAGACAGCCAAUCUAACACCUUAUCCAAGCUGCUCCCGAAUGUUUGUUUAACGGCGUAUUCAAAAACUCGGAUAAGGCGUAUUAUUAUUGUUUUUUCUCUGCUCAAAUUAAAAACAACGCCUCCAUGUAAACUCAUUGGCCAGUGUCUAAAUAUAUGCAAACCAAUUAACUAAAUAUAAAAAUUAGCCCAAAAGAUUUAGGGGCUUGAGAACAUUCUAUUUUAGAAUACCCAUCGUAAAAUGGCAAAUACUGUACAAUUCUACUAUUGCAGCCUGUCUAACAAAUUGUUUUGAUAAAUGUUGUUCAUGAGCAGUAGUAUUUCAUAUUAAUAUUUUUUGGUGUGUAUCUGUAUACAGUGUAUCUGUAUUGUUCUUCUUUUGAUGCCGUUAUUUGGAAUGUGGGCAUAUUAUUAGGACUGGUUUUAUUGUUUGGGGCAGUGACCAAAGUACAGGACAUUAAUUUAUGGUUUAUGUCAUAUUAUUUAUUAAUAGUGAAAUUGUUGCUGUGCUGGACAGUACUUCAAGUAAUAGAAGAAAAUAAAACUUACUACAUUCCAGUAACUCAAUCAAUUGUUCAGUGGAAUAAUUUGCCAGAGUGUGAAAAUACAUCCAAACCCCGGAUUUUUCAUAUUUUCUCAGUGUAGAAAAGCUUUAGCUAUAGCAAGUCUUUACCAUAUUGUACAUUAUUUAUUAAAUAGUCUUUGCAUGGAUUAUUCUGCAUAUCACUCAUCACCAUUGUUCUCUAUUUUUGUAGUGUGAUAUGAUCAGGACUGUCCUUUCUCGUAGCAGGUUUUCGUACGCUGAAACUGACACUGUGUUAUUGUUUCCAUCAAAAAUUUGGUUUAGACUUUGUAUUGACACGUAUGCACAUUUUCACUGUGGGAACACAGUUUUGACUGAUUGAAAAUUGCAAAAUACAAGACUUGCAAACUUUUAAAUACUUUUACGGUCAAUUUAUUGAACAGUGGGGCUUAUCUGGCAGUUCUCUUUGUGUAAUGAAAGUGAAGCAUGUAAGUCAAAUUGUGUUAUUUUACAUUUUAAUUUUGGUCUAAAACAAGACAAAACAUUUGUAUCAAUAUGAAUGUUUUCUGCAUUUGGAUCUCGGUCCAACCGCUCUGAAACUUAUUGAGUCACUAAUAUAGCAUUUUUUUCCCCAUACCAUUAACAGAUGGUUACUGUAGAUGUAUUAUUUUUAAUCCAUAAUUGAUGUUUUCUAUUCCCUGAUAACACUACGAUUUAUAUAGGUUUGAACACAGGAUGGGGUGGAAGAGUACAAAUGAUUUAUCACUGAUGUGUUUUAAUUGUUUCUGAGCAACCAUUGAGUUCUCUCUGUUUGUUGGGAGGGAACAUGCAAGUGAGAAAACCUUUACAUAUCAGUGUGAGACAUUGUGAGACAGAGUAAAGAAGUCCAAGGCAGGUUGAGUUCCAGACCAGAUUGAGGCUAGUGUGAUAACGCGGAGGGGGACAUUUUAUAAAUAAAUAAGGGAUUCUCAGCAACUGAAAGUCACCUUAACUUUUUUUUUUUGUUUUUUUUUUAAACAUUGUCUAAACUAUUUAUAAGGGAGCCUUUAAAAAAAGUGAUAGCAUAUGUGGAUGAUCUGAACCAGUGGUUCUGAAACUUUUUAUAUCAAGUUCCACCUAAAAAAAAAAACCUCUCCAAAUCGUACCAUAAUGACCACCAUUGAAAUAGAGUAGUAGACUUACAGUAUGUAUUUAUCAAAAACCAUGCAUUAGUGUAAGCCACAAAAACAUUAUGCACAGUUUGAACCUUUACACUGUGCUUAAAUAUAGAAAAAUAAGAAACAACUUAAAUAAUGAUUCCAUGAAAAUGUAUUGCAAAUAAAGUUCUAAAAAUUAAAUGCAAAUGUAUUGUACUUAAAUACAACUGAACUGUACUGGAUUAACAAGCACGGUUUAAACAUUUAAUUCAGUGAUUCUUUCAAAUACCACUAGAGGGAGCCCAAGUGCCACACUUCGAGAAUCACUCAUCUAAACUGCAGAAUCGACCUCUCCGUACAUCCAAACUCACCACGGGAUGUUUCGUUAUGAUGUCCCCUGCCCUAAAACUGCUUUCCGUUGGUGCUGAGCACCUUCACUGCCACAUCUGUCAUUUGUUUUUAUUGAUGAGAAAGAAAGUCCACUUCGGUGUCAGAAUCUAUGUCAGAGACAAGACCAGUCUUGAGUUCUAUGGCACUAAGAUAUAGUGCAAGAUAACCAUAUUACCCUGACAUGUCUUGAUUAACAGUCAUCUUGGUGAAAAAUCAAAUGAGAACUUUUACUCUACGAAAUACAGUAUAUUCUUUCUGCAGGACACCAAAAUUCACUACAAUUGAUUUAGAGCAAUAUAGUGACUAUGUAUGAAAUAUCUGUCAUGAGGAAGAGAAGGGACGUAGGUAUUUGAUCUACAUCAAAUGAGGGAAAAACUGUGAAUUGCAUGUAUUGUUUUGUGUUGCCACUGGUUAUGUAAUAAAUGUAUUUGAGACUGUGAUCAGCUGUAUGAAUUCUAUGCACCAUGAAAAAAAAAUAUCAUCCUGAGCUGCGUUUAAAAAUGAGAAGAUAUAUUAUCAAUAGUACUUUUAUAAUAUCAUGUUUGCUAUCCAUGGUUAUAAUAAUAAAAUAUAUUGUCUGUUUUUUAUUUCACCAAAUAUAGUAAAGCUCUGAUUUAGAAAAAGUAUGUAUUUAAGCAAUCCAAUUUACUCAACUGAGCACGCUGAUCAGGUUAGUUGAUGAAUUGUGCAUUGUCUAAAUGAUUAAAGUUUGCUAAUGAAAUA